AUGACUGUCAACGCCCCCUUCCCUUCGCCCACUCCCACCUGGCACAACAACACUUACGCCGCCCUUUCUCCUAAACGCCCGGAGCUCUCCGCCAAGGGCAAGAAUGUCCUCAUCACCGGUGGUGGUACAGGUAUCGGCGCGGCCACAGCCCGAGCCUUUGCCGAAGCCGGCGCGGCACGCAUCGCCCUUCUCGGCCGCCGUGCCCAGCCUUUGCUCGACACCAAGGCUGCCCUCGAGCGGGAGUUUGGCUCCUCUGGCAGCGGACUGCAGGUCUAUACCUUCCCGACAGACGUGACCAAGCAGAGCGAGGUCAACGCUGCGUUCUCGGGCUUCCUUGGAGACGCCGACAACGCCAACCACCAGAAAAUCGACGUCGUAGUCAGCAACGCAGCUUUCACCGGACCCUUCGAGCCCGUGAGCAACGUCGACGGCGACGCCUUUCUCCACGCCAUCAACGUCAACCUCUCGGGUGCGCUGUACGUGGCGCAGGCGUUCCUGCGGUACGCAGCGCCCGACGCAGUGGUCGUCAAUGUGUCCUCGUCGGCGGCGCACCUCGAGUUUGGUGGAGCGGGGCUCGUGGCAUACAGCACCGCCAAAAUGGCCGGUGUGAGGAUUUGGGACGCCCUGGCGGCGGCGAACCCGAAAUUGGGCGUCUUCCACAUCCAGCCCGGUGUGGUGGAUACAGAUAUGAACCGCGAAGUUGGCGGGGUCAAGGCCGUGGGCCAUGAGGAUCAUGUGUCUUUGCCGGGUACAUUUUCCCUUUGGCUGGCUAGCCCCGAGGCUCGGUUCUUGAACGGAAAAUUCCUGUGGGCCAAUUGGGAUGUGGAGGAGCUCAAGGCUCGUCGCGAAGAGCUGGAGACCACCUCAUUCCUCAACCUUUCGCUCGGUGGAUGGCCUUUUGGAGAACCGGGCUGGAAGCCGGUUUGGAAUGCCAACUGA